UUUUCCCAAAAAAAAAUUAUAAUUAUAUAUAAUAGUAAAUUUAACUUGUAAAUAAAAUCCAAUAAUUAAGAUAUGUUUAUAACAAGUUCCGUUAACAUUCCAUUGGCGAUAUUCACAGUAAUUCUAAGAAGAUUAAUCGAUCGACUUCGAGAUCCUCCGCCAGCUCUUCAAGUAGUGGUGUCGGGAAAUUUUCUUCAACAAUACCCAAAUUUCAAACCAAUCGUUUACGGUUACGUCAUAUUCGCGGUGUUACGUUACGUAAUUAAACAUGUCAAGAGAGGCACCAUGAUGGAUUCUAUUCGAAAAUUAUUAACACCAGCAAAAUCAUGCAGAAGUAAACCAAAAUUAACGCGAUUUCUCACAAACGAGUCUUGGAUGUUGAGGAAUUUAACGAAGAAUAGGUCGUCGAAGCAUAAAGCUUUAUCGUUCGUAUCAACUUUAAUCGAUGAUGAAUCAGUAGAACCAACAUCUUCACGUUAUGGCACUGAAAAUACUUGUACUUGCGGUUUGAGUACAACCAUGUUGAACCCGUAUUUUAUUCCUAAAUUAAAUAAUCGCAAAAAUGAUGAGGAAUCACGAGAAAUUGAAGAUUCAAAUGAAACUGUGGAUGAUGAUAAUAAUGGAAAUUCCACAAGAACUUGUGAUGUAGGUUGUUUGAGGAAGCGAAAUGUUAGAGCUGAUAGAGAUGGAGUGAAUGCAGCGGAAUUGGCUUAUACUAAAACGAGAAGUGGGAAAAAAUAUUAUCGGGUCACUCCUGUACGUAAAAAGAAUGGAUAAUAAAUUUUUUGUGGUAAAAUUAAAUUUGUUGUUAUUGG